AUGGUGCGGUACGGUGUGGUACGGUACGGCACGGCACGGAACGGCACGACACAGUAUUGCACAUUUUUGGAAGCCAAGAGCAUUUUAGGUGUUAUUAAACAAGACGGAGGAGGAGAAGGCGGCGGAGUAGGAGGAGCAGAAGGAGAAGGCGGAGUAGGAGGAGAAGAAGGAGGAGAAUGCGAAGUAGAAAAAGAAGGAGAAGACGGAGUAGGGGGAGAAGAAGGAGGACGAGGCGGAGUAGGAGGAGAUGAAGGAGAAGGCGGAGUAGGAGAAGAAGGAGAAGGCGGAGUAGGAGGAGGCAGACGAGGAGAAGAAAGGGGCGGGGAAGGAGAAGGAGGAGUGGGUGAAGGAGAAGGCAGAGUAGGAGGAGUAGGAACAGAUGAAGAAGAAAAUGAAGAAGAGGAGUAA